AAAAUCUGUAAAUAGCUUGUCGAAACUUGCGCAGUAUUUUUUUAUGCAUUUAAUAUCUUUAUUAUUAUUAUUAUUAUUAUUAUUAUUGCGGCGCAUAUAUUCUAAUUUUCUUCUCGGCGCCAUCCUACGCCGGGAACUUCGUAUCGCUAUCACGUGACAAAUUCAAAUUCUCGGAUUCUCGGAUUUUCCUAAAAUCACCGAUAUCACCCGCGGUCGCCAUUGAUCUUACCAUCGCCAAUCCAGUUUACUUCAACACCAACUACCUUGCCAGCUCAACCUCGCUAUCGAUGCCCGCGUCCGCGUCCGUGCCUGUAGCACCUGUAGCGCCCGUAGCGCAGAGCUUGUACAUCCCAUCCUUGAAGGGAGAUGAAGCGCAGGCCUCCAUAAUCAGGCAAGGCAAGAUGUGUCCCAAUUGCGGCAAGGGUUUGGCCUGUCAGUCCUCCCUGAAGCGUCAUCUCGAGACUGUCUGCGGCAAAGUUCGCAAUGUCAACGGCAAGUGGAUAUGCGUUUGCGGAAGGAGAUACGAAACCAUAGGAAGUCUAACGCGUCAUAAGAGAUUCGAAUGCCGUGUGGAACCUCAGUUUCACUGCAUCUUUUGCGGAAGAAAGUUCACCCAACAAUGCAGCCUAAGUAGGCAUCUGAAGAAUAAACACUCCGAGGGAAAUAUCAGCGAAUCUGUCCAGUUGAAAUCGAAUAGCUCAUCGAAGCAGAUCAACAACAAAGUUUCGGACUAAAUCGUAAUCCAGAUCAUUCGAGAAGAUAAUGUGGUGCGAGCGCCGGAAGUGAUGCCACUACUGUUUAUUCUUGUCAAGAGAUCUACAGGUCAAUUGGGAGAACGUGAGAUAACGAAUUAUAGAAUACAGUAAAUAAUCAGAGACAAAGUGAUGAUGAGUGUUAUAAAACUGUCGCUUUUAUAAAAAACAUUUUUUCUUUAAACUAUUCUCGAGAGGAAUGAAAGUGAAAGAUCAAUCACCGAUCAAAAAAUAUAUUAGGUGAAAAGAUCGUGAGAAAGUGCUACUUCACAAUAAAUAAUAGUUCCUUGAGAAUAAAAAAACAAGAUGAGCUUUACAAUCGAUUAGGAAUUAAAUUUUUUCGCUGUUUGAGAAGAAAGUGAUAUGUCGGACGAUUUUAGGAUAUGACAAGGUUCCUCGUGAAAAAAAUUAGUUACAAUAAACGUCGUUAUUAAUAAGAUUUUUGGAAAUUAUCGCGUGUUCAGAUGAUCUCGCGAGCGUAUUAGUUUUUAAGAAAAGUCGAUAAGAUACGCUUUUAAAUUUCUAGGAAUAUCCUUUCUGUUGAGAACAAGAGUUCAGAUAAGGAAAAGGAAUUAUUUAAAAAAUGUUUUUAAUUAAAAAAUUAUUCUUAAUAUUAUGAAGAACAUACGUAUGCACUGCUGCUCAAUUUUAAUACAAAGUGCUUACGUUAUCUUUAUGCACACGUUAGCUUUUGUUUCUUAUAUUGAUAAUACAAUUCUCUGAAUAGAUAUCGAUAUAUUUCUGUUUAUCAUGGAUUAUUGUUAAUGAAUAAUCCAAUAAUAUGGAUUGUGUCAUGUACAUUUUCUUAUGUACAUUAUUUUACAGAUAUUUUAUCAUUAGAUACACAAGAUAAUAAAUUAUCUUAAUAUAUAUCAAAAAAUCAAAAAUAACAUAUAAAAUCAAAAUUAUAUUAUAUUAUAAUUUCCAUAUUAUGUUAUACUUUUUAAGCAUAGAAAUUUUAACUGUAUGUAUGUGUAUGUAAAUAUAUAUAAAAUUAUAUUUAAAUUAUAAUAAUGACAUGACUUUCCUUUACGUACACAUAAAUGACAUAUUUGGUUUAUUAUAAAUACACUUUUAAAGUAAUCAUUACUACAGUCAACGAAAUUUUUGAUUGUAAUAAUAUAUACAUGAUAAAUAAUUUAGUUGUCACAAUUGUUUAGAUUAUAUAAUUUAUUACAUAUAAUUGAGCGGAAAAUAACAAUUAAUUAAAAAUAAAAAAUGUGUUUUUAUUUUAUAAAUAAUAUUUUUAUUUUCUUAUUUUAUUUUCUAAAUUCUAUUUAAUGUGUUUUUUAACUUUUACUGUUUGAUCUAUUUUACAUUUUAAGCUAUAGUAAUGAUCUAUGAUUUAACAGAAAUAUAAAUGUUUAAUUAAUACUUAUUUUUAGAUAAAAUGUUAAAGAAAUUACUUAUAGAUAUUUGUUUAAAUUCUAAAUUGCCACAUACAUAUGACAAUUAUUAGUUACUAUAUUUUUGACAUUAUGAAUUUAUGAUUCACAUCACUAGUGAGUCACAUAAUUAUUUAUAUAAACAGUUUAAAUUUCGAUUUCUAAAAAUUUCGAUAGACUUGAAUAACUUGAUAUAGGCAACUUAAUAAUCAUGCGAGCGAUUAUUAUAAAUAAUGAAAUUCUUUAAAGAGCCGUGAAAUUAUAGAAAUCUGAACUCUUGGAUCCUUGGAUCAUGUUAAGUUACACAAAUUAUAUACGUUACGCUUACGUAAGGUAAUGUUUAAGACUGUUUGCAACCAUCUUUGAGUGUUACGCUGUAAUGGUAUUUUGGAAAGAACCAAUGGAAGAAGACAUUGUCGACACGUCAGAAAAAAAAAAACGAGGGAACAGUGUCGUGUUAUCUGGGAAUGAUUUUAUGUGCUCUUCUCUUGAAAAGUGUCUUAUAGUUUGUAACGUACACCUUAAUAGUAUAUUGCAGCAUAGCGCUUAAGUAUGCUUUGUUAUUGAUUUUUCAGAAUGUUGUUUGCACGAAAAUGUCACGUGUUUGUCGGUAUCUGUCAGUACGUAGUGUAGAUAUUUAACGUUAUGUUUUGUCAACUUUCCGUUUUUAUGCGUUUAACGCGGAAGUACGCUUUGAGUACCUUUGAGGUGCGAAGCGCGAAUCUCAAUCUGUAACAACGACGAAUUAAUAGCUUCUUCGUCGUACAUAUUUCUAUAGGUUUUGCGUGAAAGUAGGAUAUAAUUUUUCUCAUGUCUCUAAUUUGAGUAUCUCUGUACCUUUAACGUCAUGCUUUAAUCAUGCUCGAUGCAGUUUUUAUUAUUACUUAUUUUACUAUACUGGCACAACGGAAAGGAUUUUAGGCUAAGAUAUAAUACACAAUGGUGCACUUAUGACAGUUUUUCAGUGACAUACGAGCGUUGCGACUUGAGUUAAACUCGAUCGAAGAGUUUUCGCGCGGUGUCGAGUGACGAAAUUACCAAAAACAGGUAGGACCGCGCAUUUACCUCAUUUGAGAGACUGUUAAAUUUCGUACGUCUGCGAUGAAUCGGAAAUUUUUGACAUAUUGUGCAUUUCGGCUGUGAAGUUAAUUCGAAAAUUGUUGAUCUUUUUUAAUUUCUAUAUAAAGUGGAAUUUGAAGGAAUUUUAUGCGACGCGUCGCGAUAUUAAAAUAGGCGAUAAAAAUUAGGCGAAAGUAAGAACAGAUAAAUAGGGAAACAUUUGUGAGACAAUCUACCAUAUGAAUUUGAAUUUACGGAACGUUCGUUUGCAUUGAUCGAUACGUUUACACAUAUAUAUGUUACAAAUAUAUCUGUAUAUCUUGCAAUACAAAGGGAGUACAACUUAUGACGAAAUUUUGUUGUUCUGUAAAAUGUUACUUAUGCAUAAUAAAAUCAUACGGUUUACACAUG